CUCCAGGGAGCGGUCCCCACCUGCGAGCGUGGCUGCACUUCGGUCCAGCGCUGCUCCGACCACAUCCCGCAGCCACGAUGCCCGUGGGGUUUCCCAGGGGCCGCAAGAGCCAGUUUAAACACAUCAUCCAUGGCCUUCUACCUGCAGCCAGCAUCGCACCAAAGCCAGCUGUGCCCCGCACACCUCCUCCCCGCAGCCCGAACCCUUCUCCAGAGAGACCAAGAUCUGCUCUGGCUGCUGUCAUCCUGACAACAACACUGACCGGCCGGACCGUUGCCAUUCCUCAACCUCGCCAGAGAUCCGUGUCUGAGAGUGACACGACCUAUGUUGAAAAGGACAGUUUUAUCGAGCCCUACGCCACCACCUCAGAGCUGAGGCUUCAACCAAGUUGGCAGGAUGAGACCGGAAGAAGGACUUCUUUGCCAUCCUUUGAAAUGCUGGGCUACGCAGAGGACGAGGACACGGACACAAACCUGUCGUCCAGCGGCAAGGAGUCGGAGGAUGUCAGCCCUCACAAAGAAGGGGGAGGUCCCCGUGAUGCCGUGUAUGCCGUGCCCCACAGAAAUCAGGUUCCACUAUCACAUGGGGUGGAUAGUGAAGAUGAGGACGAUAUUUCUGAGCACGAUGGGUUUCCAGUCUCGGCUCUUACAACACAGCGUACACAAGAAAAAGAUGAUAAACAUUCUGUUCUGAAUUUAAAGGAUGAAAAACCACCAUUAUGUCAAAAGCCUCCACCCUCCCCAGAUAUAGCUGGUAGAACACGGCAAAGAUAUAUAGAAAUAACCAAAGAAAAGUUUGAAGAAUUAAAAGAAGAAAAUAUGCAGCUAAUCAAUGCAAACCAAACCCUUACUCUUGAACUUAACAAAAUAAAACGAGCAAUGAAAGAACUACAAUUAAAACUGAAAAGAACGGAAAAAGAACAUCAAAAGUUGAAAGAGGCUGAGAAGACAUCAUCUCAGGAAGUAGUUACUGCACCUGAACUACUUUAUCUGAGAAAACAAGCUCAAGAACUGGUGGAUGAAAAUGAUGGGUUAAAGAUGACUGUCCAUCGUUUGAAUGUAGAACUGAGUCGAUACCAGACAAAAUUCAGGCAUUUGUCCAAGGAGGAGAUUUUAAAUAUCAAUGGCCUCCCAUCUGAGGGCCCAGCACCACCCUGGUUGUUGGAUGUAAAGUACCUGUCACCCUUGUUACUGGCAUAUGAAGACCGAAUGAAAGAGAAGGAUGAGCUCAAUGCCACCCUUCAGGAGGAAAUGAGGAUGUUCAGGAUGCGAGUCCAGGAAGUGGUGAAAGAAAACGAAGAAUUGCACCAAAAGUUAACUAAGAGUAGUCCUGUUACCAAUGAGGAAUGGCGUCAGCUACAGACUCAGGCAGAACUGGUUCUAGAGGAAAACAAAUUGUUGAUAGAGCAGCUGGAGAUUCAGCAACGAAAAGUCAAGGACACCCACCAGGAGCGUCUCCAGGAAGUUUCUAAAGUGACCAAACAACUAAUGCUUCUGGAGACUAAAACACAGAACCAAGAAAAAGAACUAACUGAAAAGAAGGAGCAAUUGGAAAGUUUACGUACCGAAUGCCAGAACCUAAAAACGCAGCUGGAUGGCAAGAUUGCAAUGAACGUUCACACUUCAAUUGUAAAUGAGUUAAAAAGCCGGUUGCAGAAGGAAGAGGAGAAAGGAGGUGCCGAGAUGGAAGAGUUGAUGGGAAAGUUGGCACUCCUGCAAGUGCAGAAACAGAGUCUGCUCUUAGAGAAGAACAAUCUGGCAGCUAAAAAUCAAGCACUGGAAGCUGAACUCAACAGGGCACAGAAAAUAAAUAGGAGAUCUCAAAAGAAAAUUGAUGUCCUCAAAAAGCAGGUGGAAAAAGCCAUGGAGAGUGAAAUGUCUGCUCACCAGUACCUGGCAAAUCUUGUUGGCCUGGCAGAGAAUAUAACCCAGGAACGCAACAAUCUCAUGUGUUUGGCUAAAUGUCUAGAAAGUGAGAAGCAUGGAGUUCUCAACAAAAUCCUAGAAGGCAAUAUUCGUUUGGGAAGGUUAGAGGAAAAAGUCAAGGGGUACAAGAAGCAGGCGGCACUGAAAGUGGGUGACAUCAGUCACCGCCUGACAGCGCAGCAGGAAGACUUUGCCAGCAAGACAGCCCAGUACCAGCAAGAGAUGAGGCACCUCCAUCGGAUGCUGCAAGACAAGCAGGAUAUCCUAGACCAGGCCCUGCAGCAGAAGAGAGAAAUGGAAGGCGAGCUCGAGGUGGUUUGGCAGUCUACCUCCAAGGAAAACCAGAGAAUCCGCGAGCUGCUGCAGGUCGCGCUGGAGAGGCCGGGUGUGUGGGACGGCACCGGGGGGGCACCCUGGGCCAUGGCCCCAACCACGGUGACGUGAAGCCACAGCCCGUGCGAGGACCGGUGACCGGGACCCCCCGCCCAGAGCCCUGCUUUUACCCAGGACCCAGAGGUGCACGGGGAGGGCGAACCCCCGCCUCCUGCUGCAGCGUCUCCCCUCUGGGGCGCGCCAGAGAAGUAAAGCUCUCAGAA